AUGAGACUCUCUUUUAUCUCUGGUGUUGCUUUGCUACAGCUCGGUAUUGCUGUAACUAACGCUGCUACUAGUCAUCAGCAAUCAAAUACCAAAGGGUUCCCUUCAUGCGACUCUCCCAUCUAUUGUGAAGGCCCUCUCUUGAGAGCAGUUCAACUCGCUGAACUUUUUCCGGAUUCAAAGACCUUUCCCACUUCAAAGCCUGUUGACAAAGUUCUGUCUAUAUUCGAUAGUAUUGGCGGUUCCAAUGCCACUAAAGAUGAAUUGCGAGUGUUUGUUAACGAAAAUUUUUUGUCGGCUGGAAGUGAUUUGAAUAAGCUCAAUAUGACCAUCCCGAAGCCUCUUCCAUGGGUGAACGAAAUCCAAGACGAUGAAUAUAAGAAUUGGAUUGAAUAUCUGCACCAAGCAUGGGGAGAUUUGAUAUUUGAAUUUAAUACAGCUGGCUUGUGCGAUGGUUGUGUUUCCAGCACCUUGCCAGCUAAAUUGCCUUUUGUUGUACCCGGUGGUCGAUUCCGAGAGUUUUAUUACUGGGAUAGUUUCUUUGUCAUUAAGGGUCUAUUACUGAGUAACCAAAAUGAACUGGCCAAAGGCAUGAUCGAGAAUUUCUUGGACUUUAUCCAAGAGUAUGGUUUCAUCCCAAAUGGAGCCCGCAUAUAUUAUCUCAAUAGAUCUCAGCCUCCAUUUUUGGUCGAGAUGGUGCGGGCUUACUACGAGACAACAGGUGACGAUUCAUUUGUAAAGAAGGCUCUCCCUACUUUGGACAAGGAGUACACAUUUUGGAUUGGCAAUACAACCGUAAGCAUUGCGGAUUCUGUGUCUGGAAAGAGAUAUCAAUUGAACAGAUACAACGUCGAAAAUACUUCUCCAAGACCAGAGUCGUAUGCCGAGGACUAUAAAACAGCCUACGAUGGCACAAAUUUUACAACAACCCAAGUGAUUGACCUUUUUUCUGAUCUUGCUGCUGGUGCAGAGUCGGGCUGGGAUUAUUCAUCUAGAUGGUCUAAGAAUAGAAUCCCUGAGGUUGGAGAUAAAAAUGGCUAUGCUAUCCUUCGCACGCUGAAUACCCGCAAUAUUGUCCCCGUUGACCUUAACGCUCUCUUGUGGAGCAUGGAGAGCAAUUUGGCAGAGUGGCAUACUAAAUAUGGAGGGCGGUCCUCUCGAUCGGCAAAGAGAGCAAAUUACUACAAGAAACAAGCAAACAAACGACUUGACGCUAUGGAGAAAAUUCUGUGGAAUGAUGAAGAGCACAUGUUUUGUGAUUACAACUUAACCAGCAAAACACAAGCCAUUGAGUUUUCCCCUGCAAGCAUGUAUCCCUUCUGGUUAAAUGCAAUUCCAGAACGCGUUAAGUCUCCUAAACACUUGACCCAUGUGUUUGAUCAAGUCCGAGACGCAUUGUCGAAAUACCCGGGUAUUCUAACUACAUCGCUCUUUAACACCACAAUGCAGUGGGAUUGGCCCAACGGUUGGCCUCCUCUUCAAUACAUAACAAUGCAAGCCAUGUUGAACGUUGAUAAUUUGUUGAAUAAGCAGAAUCACAAAGAUGAUACUAUCCUUCCUAUGAUGUAUACUCUGGCCGAACGUAACGUUGCAACCGCGUUCUGCUCUUGGUAUAAAACUGGAGGAAAAAUACCUGGCUUGUUGAGCAAGUAUCCAGGUGCAACAGAUGAUGGACACAUGUUUGAGAAAUUCGAUGUGACAAACAUCGGAGGCGCCGGUUCUGGUGGUGAAUAUACUGUUCAAAUUGGGUUUGGUUGGACAAACGGUGUAACUAUGUGGUUGUUUGAGUUGUUUCCAAACAUGACAGCUCCAGAUUGUGAAUCUUCUGUUACUUAUAAUUUAUCUUAA